ACGCGAGACGCCCUCUCCUGAGUGCGUUGGCCCCGCCCCUUGGUCCCUGUCGGUGGCGGUGGAAGCGGCGGCUUGUCACCCUUUUUCCCCCCUUUCCCUCUUUUCUUCUUCUCCCCCUUCCCCUCGUCCUUCCCUCACAGGGCGCGAGGCGGAAAGGCAAGGCCAGCGGCUGAGCGCGAGGCCGGACCGGAGGAGGAGCAGCAGGAGGAGGAGAGGGCCGCGCGUGCGCCCCCUUGAGCGGAGGAAAGGGGGGGGAGGAGCGGGUAGGAGCAGUCUCUCAGAUAUUCUCUUUCAAGUUAUGGAUUGAACCAACUCUUACCUGGUUUUAUUGAGAAGGAGAAAAAAUACUUGUAUAUAUACAUUGAAAUUUACCAGUAGUUUGACCACAGAAGAGAUCAUCUACAUCAGUGUAAAUGAGUCAGAAUGGAUCAGGAAGGUGGGGGUGACUUCCAGAAAACCCCUAACUUCCAGUGGAGAAACUACAAGCUCAUUGUUGAUCCUAUGCUUAAGGAUGGCCCCCACAAGAUCUACCGAUAUGACGGAGUGCAUUUCAGCACUAACGAUUCAGGUCACACUUCUGUAAAAGUUGUGCAGGAUCCAAGGCAUAGGAAAUGGUCCAAAACCAGAGAUCUUUCUCUUCCUGUCCCAAAGUUUAAGCUAGAUGAGUACUAUGUGGGCCAGAUCCCUCUGAAGGAGGUGACUUUUGCCCGGCUCAAUGAUAACAUCAAGGAAUCCUUUCUGUGUGAGAUGUGCAAAAAGUAUGGUGACAUUGAGGAGAUUGAAAUUCUGUAUAAUCCAAAGAAUGGUAAGCAUCUGGGCCUGGCCAAGGUGCUCUUCACCAGCACAAGGGGGGCGAAGGAGACAGUCAAGAACCUGCACAACACUUCAGUCAUGGGCAACAUCAUCCAUGCCCAGCUUGACAUCAAAGGUCAACAACGUAUGAAAUAUUAUGAACUGAUUGUGAAUGGCUCUUUCACACCCCAGACCGUCCCAACAGGAAGCAAAAUGCUGAAUGAGAAGUUCUCAGCUGAUUCGUCAGAGUCUCGAAGACACCAUUCAGCCAAUUCAUUGUACCCAAGUAAUGCAAUGCCUUCAACCCCCGGAAACGGCACCCCUUGUUCUCAGGACACUCCGUACUCCAGUGGCCGACAAGACACACCUUCUUCCUUUGGCCAGUAUACACCGCAGUCCCAGGGGACUCCAUAUACCCCUCGGGGAGGAACACCAUAUUCACAGGAUUCUGCCUACUCUAGCAGGCAAGGGACCCCAGGCUACUCAAGCUACCAGCCAGAGUCAACGUCCUACAAAUCCUCUCGGCAUGAGAACAGCUUUUCAGACUCGUACUUCCGCCGGCACUAUGCUUCAUCCUCUUCUUCAUCUUCCUCCACUCACUACCGCAGCAAUGACCAUCACUACCCCCCUUACAGUCAGCAGUUUGCUGGUGGCAGCAGCGGCAGCAGCGGUGCAGUCACAACUAGUAGUAGCCGAUAUCAGCGCCUCUCAUCCACCUCAGGGCGAUCCUCCUCCUCCUCCUCCUCCUCCUCCUCUCACCGCUCUCAUCCAAGGGAGGACUCUGGCUUCCAUUCCCGACACAGAGAACGUUCUCAACGGGAUGACCCUACUCUUUCAUCCACCAUCACCACCACUACUCCUUCCACCUGCAUUGUCACUGCAGCUUGCUCCUCCUCUGUGACAACGGCAUCAGAAAGCAUUCAGUUCCAGAACAGUCAUGGUUUUGCCCAGCAGAGUGUGGAACACUUCCCAGCAUCCAGUGUGCUCUACCCAUCUUACACAGCCACGCCAGAGCCCUUCUCUGUGCCUGCAGAACCCCACGCUGUGGAUCAGGAUUACCGGCUGCUCCCCACGGCAGAAACGUUUGCAGCCAACUCCCUCCCUCCCACAGAAUUUCUUGCUCAGGAAACUAAAGAGAACAUCAGUCCAGCAGUGACCGUAGCCCCAGCAAUUGAUGACCGAUCCCAUUCUCCUGCUGUGCAGAUCUCACCGGCCCGAUCUGGUUCCCCUGUCCCUGAGACUACCAAUGAGAGUGUACCCUUUGCUCAGCACAGCAGCUUGGACUCCCGCAUCGAGAUGCUCCUGAAGGAGCAGCGGUCCAAGUUUUCUUUUCUCAAUUCAGACACCGAAGAGGAAGAGGAAGAGAAAGGCGGGACCAAGGGAGCAGAGCCACAUGGCCCCUGCACCCCACCACCACCUCUUCCAGUCAGCUUUGAAGAUGUGAUGCCAGCCAUGGAUGCGGCAGUAGGAGACGAAUCCCCAAAGGCUAAUGGGCAAGACAGAGCAUCUCAGCAGUCUUCAGGUGAAGAUAUGGAAAUUUCCGAAGAUGAAGCCGAAGUUGAGCCUCCAACUCCUGUGGCAGGGGUGUCCGACCCUCAUUUUUCUGUUAUGCCAUCAGUUCUGGGCCACAUGCAAUUGGGGGUGUCCUCCUUUACUUCCCACCAUCAUCCAGAACCACCACCCUCUUAUCCAAUCCAGCCUCUCAUGUCCGUCUCCCUCCCUCACCUGGCGGGUAAAACCCAUUCACUCUCUAAUUUUGGCCAAGUUGGUCCCCGGCUCGGUCAUCGCCUGUCCGAUUUCAGAGGACGAGCAAAUGUGGUGGGUGGAGGCCGUGGUGCCCCCCACAUUUAUGACUUUGUCAACUCCAUGGAGCUCAUGAACCGGCUUGGCAACCAGUGGGGUGGGAUGCCCAUGUCUUUCCAGAUGCAAACUCAGAUGCUGAGCCGUCUUCAGCAGCUGCGUCAAAGCAAAGGCCAGUAUGAGGACCCUUUCUCCUAUCAUCGGGACGCGGCUUCCUUCUGUGGCCGUCCUCUGUAUGGUGCUGGGUACUUACUGGAGCAGGGCAGUCACCACUUCCAGCGAGACCAGCUUUUCAUGCAGCAGCCAUCAGCAGUUGGGACCUCAGAGCAGCAGCAGCAACAACAACAGCAACAACAACAUUCCUCAGAGCAACCGCCUCUCCCCCCUCCACAGAGACUGCUUGAUUUCCGGACAGCUCCAUGGGGAUAUCAGGAAGAGGUGGCUCCAUUCCCACCACUUCCUGAAGAUCCACAUGCCUCUGUUGUGGAUAGUGUCCUUGCAACCCUCAUGCAGGAGAUGAAGAACAUCAUGCAGCGAGACCUCAAUCGCAAGAUGGUCGAGAACGUGGCUUUCAGCACCUUUGACAAGUGGUGGGAGUGCAAAGAGGAAAAGGCCAAGCCUUUCCAGAACACUGUUAAACAACUAGCCAAGGAAGAAGAGAAGGACAAAACCAAACUGAAAGAUCCUGCCCUUCUGUCUCUAGUGGAUUGGGCGAAGAGUGGUGGGACCGGCGGCCUGGAGAGCUUUGGAUUUGGGACUGGCUUUCGAGGAGUCCUCGGGCUCCCCUCCUUCAAGGUGAAAAGGAAAGAACCCUCUGAAAUCUCAGAGUGCAGCGAAGUGAAGCAGCCCCACCCUUCUACUCCUGCCGAAGAGGAUGAAGAAGAUAAAAAAUCCUUACAGAUACCCAAGACCUCCAAGAGGGACGAUGAAAGGAUCAAAGGUCCAGGAAAGCGUCGAAAACUUUUUUGUCUGGAUAGUGAAGGAGAGGAGGCAUCUGAGGACUCCUCCUCAGAGAAGGAGGAAGAGGAAGGGCGACGCGAAGAUGAACAACGUGCCAAAGGACACAGCAGAAAGAGGGAACAAUCUGAAGAUCGUGAUAGCGAUGGUUCGUCCAAGUAUUCACCUUACGAAGAGUCUGACGAGGACAGUGACAGCACCUCUGAUUCCGAAAGCAGCUCUUCUUCCUCAUCUUCCUUGUCAUCUUCGUCAUCAUCUGAUGAGGAUGAGAUUGAGAGCAUGGAGGAAAUAGAUGAUUCUGCCACAGAUAUCCAUCCAUCGGAGUCAUUGGGACGCACGGAAGAGAGAAUAUGGCCAGCAACAGACAUUGAGUUGGGCAAGAAGAAGUCAGAAGCAGCUCUGCUUCAAGGCCAUGUUGUUGAGGAGAAGCCUACUUUACCUCAGAAUGAUACUUUGCUAGUCCCAGCAACAGAGGAGAAAGGCAUCUGGACAGCCCCAGAAGAGCGAACACGACAAGAAGAACGACCUUCUUCGCCCAUCCCACUUCUGCCGCCACCCAAGAAGCGCCGGAAAACAGUGUCCUUCUCAGCUCCUGGUGAGGAUGAAGGGAUCUUGGAGAAGCCCCUGGAACCGGCACCUUUGGGUCUCCUAGCCCCACCGCCCCCACCUCCUCCUCCUCCUCCUCCUAUCCCCACAGAGGAAGCACAAACUCCAUUAGUUCCUGUGGAACCCAUGCUACCACCCCAAGUGUCCUUAACCUCAGAUGCCCCGGUUCCAGUCAUCUGCCCCUUGCCUCCCACAGCCACCCCGGUAAAGCUAGUGGGUCCUCCGAGCCGCAGGCGGGAGCCGUCAAAAGCCAGUCAAAGGACAAUCAGCAACCUGCCAGCAGACCACGCUUCUCUUGUCAAAUGUUGGUCAGAGGAUAUGCCAACUGGUCGGUCCCGAAACCGCUCUCGCUCCCGAAGCUCAGAACAUUUGAGGGUACCACAACCCCCAGAGGAAGAUAGACUGCUCAUGCGGGAGCAGAUGGGGGCUUCCUCAUUACUGGAGCUGGCGAAUCAGCCAGAUCUGACCAUAUUGGCAGAUGUGGCUCUCAAGAUGCCCACUGUUGCAGGUAGAGAGGAUUUGGAGGAGACCUCAGAUGAAUCUCAGGAGCCGAAGCGUCUGCUUCUGCCACCCAUGUUAUCCCAUGAAGUCAGCAGCAUCUUCAUGGAGCAUAACUAUGCCAUGGCAGUACGUGCAGCACCAGUAACUGUCUCCCGGAAACAAGAUGAAGCAACACUGCUUGGUUCUGCUGACCUAUUGCAGAUGGACGUGUAUAAUGAGCACAUUGGUGAGGUUCUGGAGGCUCCUGAGGAGAUUGUGGCAGAUGGCAAUGAAGUCAGAACUGAACCUGAAGUGGGCGAUCUUGUAGCACUGGCACCUCCACCUCCCCAACCUCUCGAAAAGCCUAAGGUACCUGCUGUCCCAGACCAGCAGCAGCCACUGAAGAAACCUCCACAUGGCCUAAAGGAGGAGGCCAUAAAGGAUCCAGGAGCAUUACCUUUUGGCCCAGAGACUCUGUUCGCUUCUGAGAGUGAGGAGGAGGAGGAAGAGGAAGAGGAUGAUGAGAGCCUUGACAGCAGUGACGAAGGGGAGAUUCGUAGGAGAUCUCUGCGCUCUCAUUCACAUAAGCACACUCCUGCCCAGCCCCCAUUUCCGCCCCCAGUCUAUGAGACACGCAGUGAAUUUGAACAGAUGACAAUCUUGUAUGACAUCUGGAAUUCAGGGCUAGAUUUUGAAGAUAUGAAAUACUUGAGGCUGAUGUACGAGCGCUUGCUGCAUGAGGACAAUAGCACAGACUGGCUGAAUGACACUCAUUGGGUCCAGCAUACCAUCACAAACAUCGCAAAUCCCAAACGGAAGAGGAAAUCAUCUGACCUUCGGGAACAUCAAACAGGUUGUGCCCGUAGUGAGGGCUACUACCACAUCAGUAAGAAGGAGAAGGACAAAUACCUUGACAUGUGCCCAGUCACAGUGCAGCAGUUGGACACCACUGAUACCCAGGGCACCAACCGCAUCUUGUCAGAACGACGAUCUGAACAAAGGCGUCUGCUGAGUGCCAUCGGCACCUCUGCCAUCCUUGAUAGUGACCUUCUGAAACUUAACCAACUGAAGUUCCGGAAAAAGAAACUCCGGUUUGGACGGAGUCGAAUUCAUGAGUGGGGCCUGUUUGCAAUGGAGCCGAUCGCUGCUGAUGAAAUGGUCAUUGAAUAUGUGGGGCAGAACAUCCGCCAGAUGGUGGCUGAUAUGCGUGAGAAGCGGUACGCCCAGGAAGGUAUCGGGAGCAGCUAUCUUUUCCGUGUGGACCAUGACACAAUCAUCGAUGCUACCAAGUGUGGCAAUCUUGCUCGCUUCAUCAAUCAUUGCUGCACGCCCAACUGCUAUGCCAAAGUCAUCACGAUAGAGUCCCAGAAGAAGAUCGUUAUCUACUCCAAGCAGCCUAUCGGCAUCAAUGAGGAGAUUACAUAUGACUACAAGUUCCCAAUUGAAGAGAACAAGAUUCCCUGCUUAUGUGGCACAGAGAACUGUCGGGGGACCCUGAAUUGAAACAGAAGCCUGGCAUUCCUAUUUAUUUUGUUUGCUCACCCCAUUUUUCACCAGUAGUUUAGCAUCUCUUCCCACACAGCUGCCGUGGGAAAGUUCUCAGUCGCCUUAAGACCCAUCUGGAAUCUUUUAGAAGUUUUCCAUUUGCCUCUCCUCAGGUUCCUAAUCAGUGAGAAAUUUCUUUUUCUUCCAGUCAAUCAGAAAUGGUUCUCUCCUUCUCUUUUACGUUGGUGUUUCUGUCAUUUUUUAUCCAAUUCCAAAACAGGUGGCAGUUAAACACCUCUCCCUCCUUGGAUUAAGAACAGCUUUAAUCUUAAUCGCCUAUACGUCAAUUCUGCUUUUAAACUUGGCAAAAAGUUUGAGUCUCCUGUUCACUUAGGGGUACGCUAAACAAAACUGAUUCCCUUCAGUUUAAGGAUAUUCAGCGUGUUGAGGUCAGUUAAUAAAACGUUAGGAAUUGCAAGGUCCAAGAAAAGCCCAUGAAGGAUUUAGAGACCAUUUAAUGUUCAAUGUUCUUGAAGGGCAUAAUGGUACACACAUUGCUAAGAAUCCUUGAAAUUUUAUAGUUGAGUUUUUUAAACCAUUGGAUUCUUUUAUAAAACGUUCUAGGUUUAUUGAGAUGGAUAUGAAAACAGUUCUGAAAGCAAAUCCUUUCCUAAGUGGACUUGUUCUGAUUUUAAGAGUUUCCCCUGAACCCUUGCUAGAUGUAGCCAAGAUUACCUGGGGAUUAUCACUUCCCGGUUCCAUUUAGCUAUAUUUUUUUUUACCAUGUGCAAAGAUUUGAAACUUUUCUGGCUUCAAAUGAUUUAUUCCUAUCCAUCGGCCAUGUAUUAUUCCAGCCACACACUUAAGGUUAUAAUAGCAAAUUCUGAAAAGUCAUUGUUUGGUGCCAUUCAGAUGAAACCUCCUUUCCUUGUGUUGAGUUUGCCUUGCAAUAGGUAUCAAGAAGCAGGGGAAAAAAAUCCAGAACCCACAUAAUUAAGGGAACUGUUUCUUUCCUACAGGUAUGGCCUCAAUAAUCUGGCUUAUAGCAUAAACUAAGACUUUACCCCAACCCCCCUCCUUCCAUAUUUUUUUUCUUAGGAGAAGAAAGUUGUGUAUAUAUCUAGUCCAGAUGGAUUGGCUGUUUCUUGUAGAAACACAUGUUUACCGGUAUGUAAAUAUUUUAUUUUUGUUGUCCACUUCAUACUGAAAAUAGCUGUAAAUAAUGUUUCAUUGUAUUUCCUUCUCCUGCUUUUAUCUGUAUUUGCAUCGUGCCACCUUUCUCUUUUAAUGCAACAUGGAAUUUUUAAUUUUUUUUUCUUAUCCUGGAGAAAAUGGAGGCCAGCAAUGCGUAUUUCAUUAACCACUUACAAUGGAGUCAGUUAAAACAAAAGACUUUAGGCACAUCAAGCUAUUUUAGCAGGGUUUGUUGUUUUUAAUAUGUCUUCUCAUCAUUGUGGUUGUUUUUGGUGUAUGUUUCUGAACUGCUGUACUGAGAUGGCUAAACAAGCUAAUCCCAUUUGUGGGAUAAGUGUUACCUAAUAACACCAACUGGAUUGUGUUGGUUUGUCAGUUCCCCACAGCUUUUCAACUGUUUUUUGCCCAUCCCAGUAACCUGAUAGCAGAGAUGAACCUUUUUAGGUAGUGAGAAUGGGAGCUAUAAACCAGUUUUUUAAGUGUGUCCCAUUUAUCUCCUUCCUGAAAAUGGCUCCUUCAUCAUAUUGUUAUUAUUUAGUAAUUACAUUUGGAAUGUAGUUUUAAUUAAAGUUUAUUUCAACAUUUGAAGGCUAAUGAAGGAGAUAGUUAAAUGGCAUCUUCUCACUGCACUAUAUGCUGGUCAGUGUUUUAUGCUGAAUUUUUAUUUUGGUGGAAGUCUGCUCUGGCUUAGUUUGGGCCCUUGGAGAAGAAAUUUCUAUAUUUUCGAAUCCUUUUAGAUCUGUUUCUUUCACAUAAUGCAUUAGAGAAAUAGCUUACACCAGUAGUGUUUGUAACACUACGGGUUUGGAACUGUGAGCGCUCGUGCGCAGGGUGCUUCUGCGCAUGUGCAGAGCAUCCGUGAUGCUUCCAGGUGGGUGGGCGGAGCAUCCUGCCACCGCCACUACCAGUUUGCCCGAACCGGGGUGAACCGAUAGAAACCCACCACUGGCUUAAACUACCCAAAAAAGAUUGUUUGGGGUCGUAAUUUUCUUCUAAUGGUCUUAACCAGCUAAAGAAGUACGAGGAAACCCGUUGUCUUGCUUUAUAGGCUGCAUCGAGCUUAAAGAGACCAAAGGAAAUUUUCAAGGGUUUGAAUUUGCAGUGGAAGCCUUGCACGGACUUGCCAAACUGAGUUGGAUAACCUUUUUGCUUCUCAUGUCAUGUGGUUUUGUUGUCUACAUUUUCCCCCUUGCAAUGUUCCUAAAUGUUGAAAAUAAGGAAGUUGCGGCCACCCAGUUUAGCAAGGAGAAGUGGAAAGGCUAAAUCACCUGAGAAACGAGUAUGGGUGAAUGUGGCGAAGUAAUGUAAACAUUCACACAAAUAUGCAGCUUCAUAAUGGUCUUGGUUCUAAACCACCAAUCUCUCUAGGCCCUAGUUUGCUGCUGAGGACUGAUAUCACAUUCUGUAAUAGCGGAAUUCGUUGCUUUGUUUUAACCACAUCCUUCCAGAUAUUUGUGUCUGGGUGAUUCUGCAGCUGCUUUCUGGCUGGCCCUGAGAAUUGACCCUAGAAACAAUUCCAACCAUUUCCCCUUUUUCUAUUUCUUACUUUCCAAAUGUGAUUUUCCUCUGCUCAGAUGGCUGUGCACUUGUACUAGGGACAAAUGUGUAACCUACAUGACUAAGUUGUGAAUUAAAGCAGUUAUAGUUGGAAUCACCCGUUCCAUCUAGUCUGUCCCUCAAGUCUCUGUGUAAAGUGACAAAAUUUUGGCUUUGUUUUGCGAUGCUUUUCUUUGGGGUUUUGUUAUAAAUACCCAUCCAUGGGCCAGUCAGAUUUGAACAUCAUUGUGUAAAAUGUCUCAUGGAUUAAGAAUUUUCAAAUUCUUCCUGAAUUGUGCGGUUAUUAGAUAAAGCCUUGAUAGCUUUUGCUUGAAACUUUGGCAACAUAAUAUCAGUUUAAUGUUACUCUGUUAAUUCCAAAAAAGCUGCCUCACACACAUUCCUUUAGGGUUUAAAAAAUUUAGCCGCACAAUUUUCCUAAAUUGAGACAUUUUUUAAAAGCAGAUUAAAUUGCACCAAAUUGUUAUGAUACACCAAACUUCUGCUUUUUAUCAGAUUUAAAUAUUUUCCACUGAAACGUUUUCAUCAAAGAACCACAGAAUAUUGAAUUCCUGUGUUUUGGAAAAAAAAGUGACCUUUUUAAAAAAAUACGCGUCCUCUUAUUUUAGAUUUGCAAAUAAAAGCCUACCAGGGCUAGCCAGAGGAUUACAGCUGGGAAAAAUUAUUUACUUUGCAUCAGUAAAAAUAUGCUAAAGAAUUUUGCUCAGUGGGUUUUAUUGCAAUAUUUCAUCAGUUUUAAUUUAUUUUAAAAAAAAAUUUAAGUAGUGAUGCCCGGUUGUGUUCUUGAGUCAUGAAAAAAAAAAAGUAAUAAUCCACACUGUUUCUCUGCGUAUAUCCUAACCUGAGUGUUCCAGAUGCUCAAUUUAUUUACGCAUGGUGGCUAGUUUUCUAAUUGAUCAUGUACUUACAAUAGCCAUCAUAUUUUCAAGAAAUCUCAUCUUCCAUUUGCCUCCCAUUUAAUUACAUAUGUGCCUUUUUAAAUUAGUUGUGGGAAGUUUCGUUACUCUCAUCUGUUCAUUGUGAAAAGUAGACAUUUUGGUUCCAGUGUGUGUUUCCCUUCUUGCCAAAAUCUACAUUGUCUCAACUGAUCUACACAAUCACCUCUACAGUGGUAAUUUCCUGCAUACAAUUUAACCACAUACCUCCUGCUAGGAUGGAUGAGAUAGUUUUAAAUUUUAAAUAAAGCAAUGAAACCUGUGUAAAUUAUUCUAUAUGCUUUAAUAAAUCCCUGAAUUUGGGCGCUCUCAUCCCUCUCUUUCCUGACUCCUUACCAACUUCUAAAACUCAAUGUUUUGUUACUCAUUUUUCUUUAUAUAUGGGAUUUUUUUCCUGUGUACAUAUAUGUAAAAAGAAAACAAGGAAAAAAAAUAGAUAAUACAAAAAAUUUUUAUACCAGAGCAGGUUAAGCUAUUUAAUCUUCUCUAGCAGCAAAGGCAGUUUGCCUGGGGUUUUGUGUUUUAACACAAAGGACGGAAAUGUAUGGACAUGGAUGGAUAGAUUCCCCCCUUCCCCACCCUCUUUCCUAGCUGCCCAAUGGAUGGAUGUUUUUUUUUUAAUUUGCAUACCUAUUCUGUCUAUAUAAAUAUUAUAUAUAGAGAUAUAUAUAAAUAUAUAAAUAUAUUUUCGUUUGAUCUUACUGGCUUCCUACUUGUAAAUAUGUUAAUAAUUUGUGGAUUCAUUACUUGGUGCCAGAUAGCACAUUUUUAUAAAAGUCAUUAAACUUUUAUUGUA